CCUCCCGACUAAUUUGCCUUUUUUAAUAAGAAAUCUGCGGCGAGCGAUUCUGAUUCUUUCUACUUACAUUCGCCGGCGGCGAUGAUGUGGUGAUAUCUAUCCGUCAGAUCCAGAUGACGUUCUCGAUAUGCUCCGUUCACGCCUUCUUAUGCCUGGUAUUGCUACAUGCUGUUCAUGUCGGUGGAGCCAUUUUUGAGUCACAAGCACCUAGUGAUAGCACGGGAUUCGUUUCAAAAUAAUACAAGAAUGGAAGACACUGCAAGUCAUUCUACAACCAAUCAGUCUGAUGAAACCGACAAUCAGUUUCCACACGUGGAAUUCGCAAACCCAGCAAAACUGAAGCGUCAGAUUUUACGUCAGGAAAGGAGAGGUCAACGAACUCUGGAGCUGAUACAACAACAAAAGGAAACUGACGAGCAGAUGCAAGAAGCAGCCAUUGAGAAGUCAACCAACUUUGAAAACUCAGUCAUUGGGACAUACAGCAUAUGGAGGAGAGACUAUGAGAGUCCAAAUGCUGAUGCUAUCUUGAAGCUUAUGAGAGACCAGAUCAUAAUGGCAAAAGCAUAUGCAAAUAUUGCCAAAUCAAAAAAUGUAACCAAUCUGUACGCAUUCUUGAUGCAGCAGUAUGGAGAAAAUCAACGUGUUAUAGGAAAAGCAACCUCUGAUGCUGACCUUCCUUCAAGCGCUCUUGAUCAAGCAAAAGCCAUGGGCCACGCCCUCUCUCUUGCAAAAGACGAGUUAUAUGACUGCCAUGAACUUGCAAAAAAAUUCCGGGCCAUGCUUCAAUCCACAGAACGCAAUGUAGAUGGACUGAAGAAAAAAGGCACCUUCUUAAUUCAGCUAGCUGCCAAAACCUUUCCCAAGCCAUUGCAUUGCCUGAGUCUGCAGUUAGCGGCAGACUAUUUUAUCCUAGGUUUCAAUAAAGAGGAUGCAGUCAAAGAGGAUGUCAGUCGAAAGAAGUUUGAAGAUCCUUCUCUCUAUCACUAUGCGAUAUUUUCGGAUAAUGUUCUGGCCACAUCUGUGGUGGUUAAUUCCACUGUUUUGAAUGCAAAGGAGCCGCAGAAGCAUGUGUUCCAUAUAGUAACUGACAAAUUGAACUUUGCUGCAAUGAAGAUGUGGUUUCGCAUCAGUGCUCCUGCCGAUGCGACAAUUCAAGUUGAAAACAUCAACGAUUUUAAGUGGCUGAACUCCUCUUAUUGCUCUGUUCUACGGCAGCUUGAAUCUGCAAGGCUGAAAGAAUACUAUUUCAAAGCAAAUCAUCCUUCAUCUAUCUCUGCUGGCGCAGACAAUCUUAAGUACCGCAACCCAAAGUAUCUAUCAAUGCUGAAUCAUCUCAGGUUCUACCUUCCAGAGGUUUACCCGAAGCUGGACAAGAUUCUGUUUUUAGACGAUGAUAUUGUGGUGCAAAAGGACCUGGCACCCCUAUGGGGAGUAGACAUGCAAGGAAAAGUGAAUGGUGCGGUGGAGACGUGCAAGGAGAGCUUCCACAGAUUUGACAAGUACCUCAACUUCUCAAAUCCAAAGAUCUCAGAGAAUUUCGACGCAGGUGCUUGCGGGUGGGCAUUUGGGAUGAAUAUGUUUGACCUGAAAGAGUGGAGGAAACGGAACAUUACAGGGAUAUAUCACUAUUGGCAAGACAUGAAUGAAGACAGAACACUGUGGAAGCUGGGUUCAUUGCCACCGGGGCUGAUAACAUUUUACAACCUGACAUAUGCAAUGGAGAGGAGCUGGCACGUACUGGGGCUGGGAUAUGACCCGGCGCUGAACCAAACAGCAAUAGAGAAUGCAGCGGUAGUGCAUUACAAUGGGAACUAUAAGCCAUGGCUGGGUUUGGCAUUUGCCAAGUACAAAGCAUACUGGUCCAAGUAUGUUGAGUAUGAUAAUCCAUAUCUCCGUCGCUGCAACAUCAACGAAUGAAUAAAGCACACGGGGAAGUAAAAUUGUUUUCAGUAAUACCAACCAUAGCAAGGAAAGGAACCAACAGAGAGGGAUGAUGAUUAGUAUGAAAUAGUAGUAACUCUUUGUUUUUUUUUUUCUUAGCAACUUUAUUAAACCAUAAAAUCAUCUUUCACCGACCGACCCAAAUAAAAAAGCUCAUCUCGAA